GCAGCAAGUCAACUUGGAGUUGGAGCAUUAAAAAAAAAGGUUCGUUGUUUGGUUGUUCCUCCCUUGUGUCCACAGAAUAAAUAAAGCAGAUGUAAUUGUCAAGGCAAGCACAACCCUUAUAUUCCUUGAUUCCCUAAACCCACAAACCGGGAAUCAAAACCACGUGAAAUCCCCAUCUGCACACAACCUGUUCGACGAAAUGUCUGUUUCCUGCGGAGCCGGCGUGCUGGGCUGUAUGCGCUGGGCAUGGAAGCGCUGCACCUACAUCGGCUCCGACGACAGCGCCACCUGGCCCCCCGCCACACCCGACGAGUUCCACCCCAUCCCCCGCUCCUGCCGCACCAUCCUCGCCGUCUACCAGCCCGGGUGUGAACCCCCGAGCUACAAGCCUAGCCUUGAACCUAAUCUUUUCUAUCCUAGAACAAAAAUAGAAAAAACCCUGAUCUGCACGGAUCACGAAAACCGCGAGAUAGUCCUGGCCAUCCGCGGCCUGAACCUGGCAAGCCAGAGCGACUACCGCUUGCUGCUCGACAACCGGCUCGGGAUGCAGAUGUUCGACGGCGGAUACGUGCACAACGGGCUGCUGAAGUCCGCGUUGUGGGUGCUGAAAAGAGAGUCUGAGAUGCUGAGGAGGCUGUGGGAGGAGAAUGGGAAGGGGUACAAGAUGGUGUUUGCUGGGCAUUCUCUCGGGUCGGGCGUUGCGGCUCUGAUGACUGUCAUCGUCGCCAACCAUGGCGACCAACUUGGCGGUGUUCCAAGGAGCUUGUUGAGGUGCUACGCAGUAGCCCCUGCCCGGUGCAUGUCGCUCAACCUCGCCGUUAAAUACGCCGAUAUCAUACACUCGGUGGUGUUGCAGGAUGAUUUCCUGCCAAGAACACCAACUCCACUAGAAGACAUUUUCAAAUCUGUUUUCUGUGAACCCUGCUUGUUAUUUCUCGUGUGCCUGAGGGAUACGUUCAUACCCGAAGGCAGAAAACUCAAAGACCAAAGACGACUGUAUGCCCCUGGUCGGAUGUAUCAUAUCGUAGAAAGAAAGUUUUGCCGAUGUGGAAGAUAUCCUCCGGAGGUUAGAACAGCUAUUCCCGUGGAUGGAAGAUUCGAGCAUAUCGUCUUGUCGUGCAACGCUACAUCUGAUCAUGCUAUUGUUUGGAUAGAAAAAGAGGCAGAGAAGGCCUUGAAAAAUAUGCAGGAGCUUAAUACAGAGACCGUAACUACUCCGCCAGGGGUACAGAAAUUCAACAGGAAGCUGACAUUAGAAAAGGAGCACAAGGAUGCGUUGGAGAGAGCCGUAAGUUUGAAUAUACCUCAUGCUGAAACGUCAUACGAAGAAUCAUAUGGGAACAAUGAAGAACAAGAUGGGAAAUUGGAAACUUGCAUCAACAACACAGGAGAUUCCUCGGAAAAGGGAAAACCUGUUUGUAAAGACGCGAGGACCAACUGGGACGAAGUUGUUGGGAGGCUUUUCAAGAAACACGAAUCCGGGAAGAUGCUCCUGAAAAGAGAUGUCACUGACUCCAUAAAAUGCUCAUCUUCUAUUUAA